UCACUCAUUGGCUUUGAAUCUCGCACACAGAUCGCCGCCGAGCCAUGUGCGCGUGCCGGAAAGCGGUGCUCCUGGACGGGGGCUUCUCGACGCAGCUGGAGAAGAACGUCGCCGGCGAGCAGGUCGACGGCCACCCGCUGUGGAGCGCGCGCUUCCUCGCCACGCACCCGCGCGCCGUCAUGCAGACCCACCUGGACUUCCUGCGAGCGGGCGCCGAGGUGAUCAUCACCAACACUUACCAGGCUAGCAUCGACGGCUUCAAGGAGUACCUCAACCUCUCCAAGCCGGAGAGCCUCAAGCUCAUGACGCGGGCCGUGGAGACAGCCAAGGAGGCCGUCGACACCUUCAUGAAGGAGAACCCCACCUGCAAAGUUCGGCCGCUCAUCGCGGGCUCGGUCGGCCCGUACGGCGCCUCGCUGCACGACGGCUCCGAGUACACGGGCGAGUACGCGGACAAGGUGUCGCGCGAGGACCUGGCGCUGUGGCACCGGCCCCGCGUCGAGACGCUGGUGGCCGCCGGCGUCGACCUCCUGGCCCUCGAGACCAUCCCCUGCAGGAAGGAGGCCGAGGUGCUCGUCGAGCUCAUCAAGGAGUUCCCCGGCGUCCGGGCGUGGAUCUCCUUCUCGGCCAAGGUGAGCGAGGCGGCGGCAGGGUGGCACGGACACUGGCGCCGAUCAAAGCAGGUCCCUCUAGGGAUUUUAAGUUUCCGGAAAAAUAUU